AUGCCAAGGCCUAAACUUUCAUCCUGCAGUCUUGCAGCGGACGUGGUGAAUCUGAGAACGGAGCGGAAGUGCGAACUGAUCAGUGCGUUCUGGCUCUACCUGCAUUUGGCUGUACUCGACUCUAUCGCAGCGGAUUAUGCAUCCUCCUCGAAUACAUUGAAGUUUGCGACACAAGAGUUGGACGGCUUGCUCACCAUCGUCAGAGACUUGAAGGCCAAUCGGAAUAUGGCACAGAAAAAGUUGACAAAUCCUCGGGAUACCCGUAUCGAUUGGCAAGACGAUCUGUCUCUGGACGACAUGUUUGCGGCGCAAUUUUCUCAUGAAGCAAGUAAGACGGCGCCCUUUAAUUUCCCGAUUGACGGUUCCUUCACUGCUAUAAAUUUAAAGAAGAUAUGUCGAUUGCACAUUCGUUGGACGGACAACUUGAUUGACCACUUGAAAUUGGAGGGACGACCAGGACAACGAAGUUUGUCCAUUUAUCGACAAAAAAUAUACCUCAUCAACCACCGGAGAGAACCAGAAACAACCCGUAUCCAAGCAGAAAUUCUAAAUGAAGCCAUCCACACUCUCGAUCUCCUUUUCCCAAUUGGCGACGAGAAAACAGAAGAUUUCCUGGAAGAGGAAAACAUUAAUUUUAAUACAAGAGAUGCAUCCGAGCUACCACGGGCGACCGAACUCAACGAUUUCAAGUAUUGGAGAAACAACCUAGGCCAAUUACUAACUCUCCUUAACGGGCCUCCGGAGACCGUUGUCCAAACAUUGCUCGAUACGCGAAAUAUUACCCAAUUCGCAACGCUAUGGGUGUCUAUCAUUGGAAUUUUUCUCUUGACUAUACUUUUCGGUAUCAUAACAUCCGUAUAUUCCAUCAAGCAGUACCGUGUAGCUAUUAAGUCAUACGAACUUUCUCUCGCCCUAGCCUGUCAGCAAAUGAAUACACCGCUACCUGGGUUCUGCAGUUAG